CUAUCUGCGUGUUAGCGUUCCUCGGCCAGAUAUAUAGACAUUGUUUGUGCCGACGGAAAACCACUUUAUAGUGGAAAGAAUUUCCAUAACCAUCGAUAAUGUGAAACCAGAAAGAACCUUUUAGCGAGCUUAGAUUCUCACCGUUUUUCUGUUUGAAUGGAGAAAAAUGGUGGGCAUGCAUGAAUGUUGUCCUAUUGGCACAGAGCAAGUUUCAGAAUGAAGAUACACUGCUUCGAUAGGCAGUUCUUUACUUCUUUAACCCCUCUGAUUCCUGUAAAACUUCCAUCUCGAGGGGAAACCCAUUUAUGGUAUACUUUACCCAGUGAAGUGAAAAGUAAAUCCCUGCUAGAUCAAUAUUUAGAAUUUCUAUCACCAUGUGAGAAAGAAAAUGUUUUUACCAUGCGCGGAGAGGAGCUGAGGAAACGAGCCCUGCUAGCACGUGCUUUGGUUCGCACCGCCAUUUCAAGAUAUCAGAUAAAUCCUGAAGUUAGUCCAAGAUCCCUGAAGUUCAGAAAAAACAUCCAUGGGAAGCCGGAGGUAGAGUGGCAAAACAGUGAUGAUUGGAACCCACCACCAUUGCAUUUCAACAUCUCACACACUUCUUCAUUGAUAGCUUGUGGAGUCACCAUGUAUUCUCCAAUUGGUGUCGAUGUGGAAGAAAAGCAACGUAAAAUAAAGAACAAUAUCUUGUCUUUUGCUCGGCGAUACUUCUCCCACCAUGAAGUGGAACUCUUAACUGCUAUUUCAGACUGCGAAGUUCAGCGCCAGGAAUUCAUAAAGCUGUGGACCCUCAAGGAAGCAUAUGUCAAAGCGCUGGGAAGAGGCUUCUCGGGUGCCCCUUUCAAGACCUUUACUCUUCGAUUUAGGGCUACUACAACAGGGAACUUGCAUCCUUUGUCAAAUUCUGAGGCAUUUGAAAUAGUUGUCGAGUCAUUUGAUGAGCCCACAAUCCGGACAAGCAGUUGGCAGUUUGCUCUCUUGGAAUUGGCAGGUUCUCAUUAUGCUGCCAUUUGCACUGAAAUGGAUGGUAUCCCUGGCAAAGGCAGUGCUCCAAUGAAAUUGACGGUGUGGAAGACUAUUCCACUUGUUGAAGACAAAUGCGUUUCUGGAACCGAUGCAGUUGUAGCAAUUGGUGGAUUAACUUAAUCAGUUGUUAUCUGAUGAUAUUAAUUGGUGAGGAUCUGACAUUGUGAUACUGGGUACUGCAUAUUAUACCCAUUCAAGCUCUGGAAAGGGUAAAAUGUUGAUGUUUAAGACUGCAAUGCGCAAUUUUCAAUAGAAGUUUGGUUUUGCCUACAAAUAUCAUAGAGAGUGAGGUCUUUUUAAUGUUUGUACUGUCACCUGCCCAAUUGACCCAACCUAAGUUGUAGAUGUUGUAAUGAUAUUGUAACUGUCAUCACAGGCGAGGCCUCUGGUUACUGGAAGUUAUACAGAAACAUAGAAUCGGAAAUAUUGGUGGCUUAGGCGCAAGCUCACAUAUUGUUAAAUAACCUUUGUA